AUGCCUCGAAGACGCUGGAUCCGCAAUGCCACUGACAAGCACGACAGCGACAAGAAUAAUGCGCAGACAUUCCAACUGCUUUACCGGCCGCAAAAUGACCCAGCCUUACACGAUGAAUCGGCGGGCGAGCGGGCAUUAUACCCAGUGUCAGGACCCGCGUCGUCGUCACAAAAUACAACUACUCAGAAGAAAGGCCUCCACCUGAAAGACCUGGAAGAUGACCUGGAUUUCGACAGUAUGCGGGAGAACGAGGGGGAAGCCGCUCAAUAUGGAAUUUACUUUGACGACACCAAUUAUGACUAUAUGCAACAUCUACGAGAUAUUGGCGAAGGCGGAGGCGAGUCGCACUUCAUUGAGGCCACGCCAGUCAAAGUGCAGACCAAAGGGAAGGGCAAAGCAAAGACCAUGAAGUUGGAAGACGCCCUGCGAGAAGUCUCGCUCGACGACGACCGGAGUGUCGCUGGAACAGAUAUGAUCUCCAACUUUACGACGCGCACAAAAGACCGGAAAUACGAGAGCCAACAGGAUGUGCCCGAUGAGAUCGCCGGUUUCCAACCUGAUAUGGAUCCGAGACUCCGAGAGGUGCUGGAGGCAUUGGAGGACGAGGCCUAUGUAGACGAUCAGGGUGACGAGGACAUAUUCGCUGCUCUGGCACAAGACGGCCCUAACGGUGAACUGGACCUGGAGGAGUUCGAAGAUAACUACUUUGACGAGGAGGAUGAGGGCUGGGAGUCAGAUGCCACCGAAAAAGCACCCACACAGCCCUCCGAAGUCAAGCUGCCCUCGGCCGCCCCGGUCACUCAGGACGGACACGAGGAUGAUGAUACAGCACACCUUGACGCAGAAGCUGCUGCUGCAGAGGACGGCGAUUGGCUGCGGGACUUUGCCAAAUUCAAGCGCGACAAUGCCCGAAAACCUCCACCGAAAGCCGCCGGAUCUAUCAUCGCCGCUUCGGCUAUACAGGACAAAGCACCAUCUUUGUACACAUUGAACGGCACGCCCCUACGGCAAAAGAAGCGGAAAGGCGCAUUGACAAAUCCCAGCUCGUACUCUAUGACUUCCUCAUCUCUUGCUCGUACACAGGGCCAGCAAUUGCUGGAUGCACGGUUUGAUCAAGUGGAAAAGAUGUAUUCCCUAGACGAGGGCGAUGAGUUUGACGAUAUGGAUGGUGGAAUGUCCUUGGCCUCGGGGAUGACGGGUCAAUCGAAAAUGUCACAACUAUCGACCACGAGUUUCGCCGAUGAAGGGGCUGUCCGCGAGGAUUUCGACAGUAUGAUGGAUGGAUUCCUUGGCGACUGGAACAAGGCCAACCCUGGCGGCGGUAAACGGAGAGGCGCAAAAGGCAAACGUGGGAAGAACGGAAACGAGAAGUUCGGACUUCAACAACUCGAUGAGGUCAGAGCCGAGUUAGGCCCAGCAAGAAUAAACCGACGGGCACCGCCGACAAAGACAUGA